AUGGACGUUCUGACCUCGAUUACUUCAUUAAAGGAAUUCGUUUUGCUUCGUGGUCGAGAACAGUCGUCUAAAAAUGGGUCAACUAGUUUUUAUGUUGAUGAUUCUUUAAUAAAAUCAUGGCUAGAUCAUGUAAAAAAGAGCCUUGAAAAUAUCGCGGAUGUCUCGGAGAAGUUGUUUUAUGUCGCCUCAAGCAUUCAAAAUCAGUUUGAAUCAAAUGAAAAACAAUGCGGUGAAAAUGGGUUAUGUUCGCCUAGCUUCCUGAAUGAGGUGGAAGUGGGAAAGCACUCGAUGCGAAAUCUUAUCGAAGCUAUAUCCUCACUUCAAUGUGAAAUUCAAAAGUUGCCUGAAUUGAUUGAAACUUCUAGAAAGAAGUUCCAGGAGGAAAUAACUCAAUUUUACGAAGAACAACUUGAAAAAGCUCUCUCAACUGCUAUUGAGACUUGUUUAAGCAUCUCAAAGCAGAAAAUUGAUGAACUCACGUCCUUCGUCGUCACGAAUCUACCCGAAUUAUAG